AUGGGGGUCGGUGGGGGCUUGGUUCUGCCCUGGCGGUGCCUGGUGGUCGUGUGUCUCAGGCUGCUCUUCCUUGUGCCCGCAGGAGUGCCGGUGCGCAGCGGAGAUGCCACCUUCCCCAAGGCCAUGGACAACGUGACGGUCAAGCAAGGAGAGAGCGCCACCCUCAGGUGUACUGUGGACGACCGAGUCACGCGAGUUGCUUGGCUGAACCGAAGCACGAUUCUUUAUGCUGGAAAUGAUAAGUGGUCGAUAGAUGACCGGGUGGUCAUUCUCACCAACACCAAAACUCAAUACAGUAUCAAGAUCCAUAAUGUGGACAUAUAUGAUGAAGGCCCCUAUACCUGCUCUGUACAGACAGACAAUCAUCCCAAAACAUCACGAGUUCAUCUUAUCGUCCAAGUUCCCCCCCAGAUUAUCAACAUCUCAUCCGACAUCACCAUCAAUGAAGGCAGCAGUGUCACUCUCCUGUGCUUAGCCUUUGGAAGGCCAGAACCGACAGUAACAUGGAAGCAUCUCUCUAGCAAAGAAGGUCAGGGAUUUAUAAGUGAUGAUGAGUACUUGGAAAUCACGGGCAUCACGAGAGAACAAUCUGGUGAAUAUGAAUGCACUGCGGUCAAUGAUGUGGCAGCGCCUGAUAUUCGGAGGGUAAAGGUCACUGUCAAUUAUCCUCCCUCCAUCUCCAGUCCUAAGAAUACUGGUGUUUCAGUUGGUCAGAAGGGCAUCUUGCGCUGUGAGGCCUCUGCUGUUCCAGUAGCAGAAUUCCAGUGGUUUAAAGAAGAAACCAGGUUAGCUAAUGGGCUGGAUGGCUUGAAAAUUGAAAACAAAGGACGGAUGUCUACGUUAACCUUCUUUAAUGUCUCAGAGAAGGACUAUGGCAAUUAUACCUGUGUGGCCAUCAACAAACUGGGGAACACCAAUGCCAGUAUAAUUCUGUAUGGCCCAGGAGCAGUACAUGAUGGCAACAAUGCAGCUUCCAGAGCGAUGGCCUGCCUCUGGCUAUCGGGCACCCUCUUUGCUUAUUUCCUGCUCAAGUUUUGA